AUGACUACCAAGGAUAUUUCGAACUUUGAAAUAGACGUGGAGUGUUCAGAAGAGGAAUUGGACGAGGACAACGAAUACAUCUGCGAGCUUUGGCAGGAAAUAGAUGAGGAAUGCGAAAAGCUUGAAACAUAUGCAACAGCCGGCUCUCGUGAAUCCCACGCGCCUCUGCUAUAUCCAAUGGCGAUCGGUCAACGUCUCGAUGGCGGCCGUUACCAAAUCCUCCACCGCCUUGGACAUGGUGGAUUCUCGACUGUUCGGAUGGCAAAAGACACCACAGCGGGCGCUAAGGGCGCCGAGGUCGUCGCUCUGAAGUUCAUAGCCAACAGUCAUGCCUCUGGGACCGAAUCCGAUGACGGCGAGAUGGAGUAUCAGAUGCACAAGCUGAUCCAGAGCAGGAAAAUCGACAAAUCUCAUCUACUGCUUUGCCAGGACACCUUCACUCUUCGAGGACCACAUGGAAGCCACCGCGUCCUGGUUUUGCCAUUGGCAGGCCCUGGCCUGCAUACGCGGAAUGUACUGUGGCAGAUCAAACCGGCAUUUCAUCGGACUCUGGUGCAUAACUUAGAGACGAUGGGUGAGCCCAGAAAGAUAAGCUUCAGCACAAGAUGGAAGGGCAAGGAUGGAAAAGCGAUCACCGCGUCAGGAGAUCGGGUGUCGCCAGCCAAAUUUCCACAAGAAUCCCUGGACGACAACAUCUUUUUAUCAGAUUUCGGAAGCACCAUCAAGGCCGGAAAUUCGGUCUCAAAGAAGAGCAGGGGAGUCCAGAAAUUCGUCUCACCAGAGCGUUUCCACGGCCACAAUCCCAGCCCGGGGAGCGAUAUGUGGAGUUUUAUGGUCGUGUUCAUCUACCUUGAUACAGGACGCUAUCCUUUUAACGGCAGACUUUUCUCCGAGACACCGGCGCACCUUAUGAUGGAUAUGGUCUCUUCCUUAGGACCGCUUCCGUCAGAAUGGGCUGAGAAAAAGCUCAAGUCAUUCCAACCCAAGUGGUACACAGGAGCUGGUAGCAGCGAGUUUCCAGAGCCAAACAAGACAUUCCAAAGCCGGCUUCGUGAUGAUUUAGUUGAAGUCGAGAAGCGGGGCGCAGCCAAGGGCAAUGAUGGCGUAAUUGCCGCGGCGGAGGAAAUCGAGUUGAAGAGGCGAGCAGAACCACAUGUUCUCAAAAUUAUUGACAAGGUCUUUUGUUUCAAGCCUCAAGAGCGUGUCAAGGCGUCAGAUCUCCUCGACGACUUCGACUGGAAGAUGCUUAUGAAGAUCUGCGGCGUUGACGACGAAGGUUCCGGCAAGUAG